GUAUUGAUGCCAUUGAUGAUGCCUGACUCGACUGGACCCGCCACAUCUACCGUCAAGCGCGCAUGCGACUGUUGCCAUAAGAGAAAGGUCAAAUGCAUUGGUGAUGGUACUCGACCAUGCAAAAACUGCACUGCAGCUGGUCUGACAUGCACCUACAACGCCAUCCCUCAGAAGAAGGGCCCAAAGGGAAGCAGAGCAAAGGUCAUCUCUGAGCUUCGCGAAACACAAAGGCAGUCGCAACUGGCAGCUCGCGCAAGACACGGAUUGGGAUUCGAAGCGUCACAAUAUGCCAACGCCUUCUCAAGGACUCCGGAUCUGCUUUCCAUGGAGCUCAUCACGUCAUGCGUUGACUACUUCUUCGCAAACAUGUACCCGACACAGCCGAUCCUACACCGCCAGAAGGUUGGCGAGACAAUUGGAAAGAUGGAGAACUCGGUAGAGGCCUACUGUCUGGUCGUGUCGCUCUGCUCAUACAUGCUCAUCCAACCGAAUACCAAGCUUCCAGCCGGUAUUGUACCAGAGGCCGAAGCACCAAAUGCUCACCUCAACUUGGGUAUGACUUUGCUGGACGAAGCUAUCCGCGUUCGCAAGGGGUACGACUACAUCGAGAGCCCCAGCAUCUGGUCGGUCAUCACAUCAUUCUUUUUCUUUGGCGCACAUUUCUGCCUCGACAAGCACAAUACGGCAUGGUUCCACCUUCGUGAAGCAACAACGUUAGCGCAGAUCAUGGGUAUGCAAGACGAAAACCACUACAGUCAAGGCGACCUUGUUGAGACGUCGCGACGCCGACGAUUGUACUGGCUUUUGUUCAUCACCGAGAGAGCAUAUGCUAUCCAGCGUCACCGUCCUCUCACCCUACACGCUACCAUCAAUCUCCCCACUCUCAACGACGACCCCGCAGAAACAGUCGAACUCAGUGGAUUCAUACACCUCGUUACACUCUUCAAGCCGUUUGACGAUACCUUCGUUGGACUUUGGAACAAAGCUCGUGUCGGUUGCUCGACCGAGUGGCUGGCGAGAUUGCAGAACCAGCUUGCGGAAGCACUUCCCGCCUACCUGCAUAGCACCGAGAGCCAGGCUGUCGACUUGAGAACAUCACAACAAUGGCUCCGAACAAUGGUGUGGCAGCUCUCCAUCAGCCAUGGCUACCUGUCAUCAGCUGCCGCAGAUAGCACUAUGAGCUUCAAAUACCCUAUCGAGAUUUCAAGAGACCUGAUUGCCGCGACAAGUGGCUUCUCACAGGCUGCUAUGGAAGUUCACGGCAUUGGACUUGUCGAGAAGCUCUUCGAUGUCGCAUGCACCUUGACCGAUGUCAUGUCGUGCGUACCCUUCGAGCAACACACUUUCGAGUACGGCCCUCGCGAUUACCUCAACCAGUUCCUCUCCCUUAUCUCGACUCUCCGUGGCGGCCAACAACGAUAUCUCCCUCUGCUCCUCUCCAAAAUCAAUGACACCCUUCCUCAGAUGCCCACCCCAGGUUUCAGCAUGGUCUCUAUGCCCACCGGUCGCGGCAGAAUCGACGAGAUCUACGACAGCAGCAACCCUGCCAGUGGUGACUCGACACCCUUUGGAGGCAGCCCACCCCCUCAAUCUGUUGGCCCUCAACUUUUCCAAUCUGCCUACCCGGAUGACUUCAAACUUCCUGGUCCCACGAGCAACGGCUUCCCUAUGAUGACAUCGGCACCUUCGUACAAUGGAAUCCAAACACCAGCGCAGUUGCAGGCCGCGUAUCAGAACUCACGUAACGCGUACUCUGGCCUAGGUGGUCAGUCUGGCUUCGACCACAACCCCUGA